UUAUCGCCGAAGUUUGAUUUGUUGUUCGACGUGGCAUGACGUUUCUGAUAUAUAAUUGUCAAAUUUGCUUGGAAGUGAAAGCUGUGGUCGGUUCCGCAAUACUAAAAAAUAAGUAAUAUUAAUUAUUAACAAAUCGCUAUAAAAAGACUAGUUAAGAUGUCUCAUAAUAUACUUGCCGUAUUUGUCGUGUGCCUUUUCUCUGGAGCAGCUCUUGCCACCACUUGCACCAGCCCUAAAGUUAGUGUUACAUCCUUUAGCACUCAGGAUGCCACAAUUCUUACACAAGUGGCUCAUAUAGGAGAGUUCUCAUUGAAAUGUGGAAACAAUGUGCCACCAAAUCUAUUCGCUGAAUUCGCCUGUGGAAAAAUUGUACCCGUUGCAAAGCUUGGCGAUGAUAAAUACCAAGUAAGCUGGACACAAGAAAUAAAGAAGAGCGGCGGAGGCAAUGUUGUAGUGCGUUUGUUCGAUGAGGAAGGUUAUGCUAAUGUACGGAAGGCGCAGCGUGAUGGCGAUAAGGUUGCCAAUGUGAAAUCACUGGUUGAUAUCACGGUAGCUACCAAGGGAGCCUACAAAGGUCCUUGGGUAAAAGCUGAGUUGGUAGCUGCGUUGGCCGUCGGUGGUAUUGCUUACUUUGCUUUCACUGCCAAGAGUAAAGUCCAAGGCUAGACAAAGCGACUUGGUUAUCAAUCUCACAUUGUGAGAUUUGUAAGUCUUUGAAUGAAAUUCAUUCAACCUUUUUGAAAUCAAGAGAUUAGAUUUAAUGUGUAAUUUUAAUAUCAGCGUCUAAAUCUCUUUAUUUACUGAAAUGAUUAAAAGCUCUGCUGUCACCAAUUUGACCGAAAAUGAAAUAAAUUUUUUCAUAAAUUAAAAAA